GUGGCUCCAGCCGCUCCUUCUGUCAGCCGCACCUACACGCAGUUCUCUGAAAGGAGAUCCGCGCCAGCUGACUUGGCUUCCAGCCCAGCCUGGACCGUGUCCACUUCUGCCAUUGCUGCAGGUGCAGUUGCUGCGCUUCGGCGGCAAUCAACCCGGCGGGCGCAGCGCCAAAGGCUGCCUGCCCCGUUGCGCGUGGCAACGUUGGAGAAGCCGGACGUCGUGGAGCGCGAGGACAUCCGCAACAUCGCAAUCAUUGCCCAUGUCGACCACGGCAAGACCACGUUGACCAAUGCUCUCAUGAAGCAGUGUGGCAUGGAAAAGGUCAAGUCCAUGGACAGCGAUCAGCUGGAGCAGGAGCGAGGCAUCACCAUUCUGGCGAAGAACGCCGCGGUGAACUACAAAGGCAUUAAGAUCAAUAUCGUUGACACACCGGGCCACGCUGACUUCGGUGGUGAAGUUGAACGCAUCCUGAACAUGGCAGACGGCUGCCUUCUGCUUGUCGAUGCAGCGGAAGGCCCCAUGCCGCAGACGAAAUUUGUCCUGAGGCAGGCUCUGAAGCUGGGCAAGAGGAUCAUUGUCUGCAUCAACAAGGUGGACAAGCCCGCCUCUCGACCAGACUGGGUCCUCGACACCACCUUCGACCUGUUCGGCUGCUUGGGUGCUGAUGAUGAGGCUUGUGACUUCCCGGUGGUCUACGCCUCCGGUUUUAGGGGUGUGGCCUCUGUCGAUGGGCCCGAUGAUCUCAAGGAGGACUUGACACCUCUGCUGGACACGAUCCUCGAGGAGACUCCAAAGCCCAAGGUUGACAACGAUGCUCCUCUGCAGAUGCUGGUGUCCAACCUGGACUACGACGACUAUGUCGGGCGCAUCUGCAUUGGUCGCCUGGUCUCCGGCGAGCUGACCGUGGGCCAGGAGAUUGGCAUCAUGUACGGCGAAGACGGAGAGCUGCGCAAGGGAAAC